GACGGCCGACCGUUGGAUGGCGAUCGGAUCGACUGCCUCCGUCUAUACGGUGUAUAUAAUCAUCGACCAUGGCUGGGGCUGAUGAACCGUUUCCUUGGGUCAGCGGGGUUGUUCUCGUAUUCAGCAGGUCUUGUAGCGGUGUUCCAGUCGACAGGUGGUGAGGACUGGAGGACUAGUCGAGGCAUCUUGGAGGAAGUCCGGUCGGUAUUUCAUCGCUGUCUGUAUAGAAUGGGAGACCAUCAACGUGCAAUCUCUAGAGUUGAGAUGUUGCCAAAUCCACUCCGCGUGUUGUUGACAGACAUCACCUUAUAUCCAGUUAUCCAGUUAUGUACAUCAUACUAUCCAGUUAUCCAGUUAUACACACGACUUCUAUUUUCGCUCACCGGAAGCACCCGAAGAACCCGGUGCCACCCGGCUGUCAGACACCCAGCCAAUCAGGACGGCAACUACUCGGUAAAAAUAAAAAUAUUCUCGAUCAUAUGCAGGAGAAAAAAAGAGAAUGAAAAAGUAGUUUAUUAAUUAAAGAGAGGAGAUUGGCUGGCCAAGAGCGCCACUGUCUAACAACAAACAAUCGGGACAGCCCGUAGCGAACAAAAAAAAACACAAAGAAGGAAAGGAGAUGAUGUCAAACCCGGAUAUCAUAUUCGUAAUUCAUAAUGGAUAGGAAGUAUGUAGUGGACA